AUGGCAUAAGCGUUGGCAGCAGAAAAUUAUGAAUUUAAAGCUGCUCCAGAAGUAGUGAAACCAAAGACCAAAUAUAGACCAUAAGUAAUAUAGUAAUCAGAAGAACAAAAGGAUAGGUUGAGAUUCAAAUUUAUAUAAAAAGUUCAUUACUUGGAUGCAAUAUAAUGUUUGACAAGAGAGUUAUAAGGGGGAAUACUUAUGCAAGUGUAUAAACUUAAGGUGAUAAGAAAUUAAUGACUUUGAAAUCAUUCAAAAAACCUACCUAAAAAGCAGUUACAUAAUCAAACUAUCCAAAUAGGCUCCUUAAACAUAAACCACUUAUCUACAUCCUUAAACACCAAGACCAUUUUAGAAUCGUGUGAAUAUUGACAUACAAACUGAUGAGUAUCUUGAAAUUCUAACUGAUAAACCUCCAGAAUAAGAAAUGGAUGCCUAAACAGAUUAUUAUAUAGAUAAGCCUCCUGAUAGAUUAUUUGUACCAAAGAAAAAUGGAAUUGAUAAAGUAUAAUAAAUUUAUACUAUUUUAAUAGGAAACAUAAAUAUGGGAAGGUGAUCUAUUCGAUUUUGACUAAGAAGUUGAACCUAUUUUAUAGGUGUUAAUGAAUAAAAUUUUGGAGUAAUCAAGAAUGGAAGUAUUAGAAGAAGAAGAAAUAAAAUUGAUGAAAUUAUAAUAAAAGCAACAUGAAAAAUAAAAGACAUCUGUUUUAUCAGAAAUGCAAAGAUUAGAAGCUGUUUAAUAGAGAUUAGAUUAAGAAGAAGCAAGAAGAAAAUUAUAAUAUGAAACAUUUCUUAAAAUAUAAAAACAAAGUCAUUAGAAAAUUAUCUGUAGAACUUUAUCAAAAUCUUUGAUAUCUCCUUUAAAGUAAAAUACAUUCAAAAAACUCUAAGAUUUAGGAGUUUAUAGAGAUCCUUUAGAAACAGCUUUAUUAUCUGAAUAUCUACCUUGGAUGUAUUCAAAUAUAUUGAAUGAUUUAAUUGAUGAAGAUGGAAAUUAAAGCAAUUUCAAUAGUAAAUUUAAAUAUAAUAUUUAGAUAUUUUAUUUGAUGUAGAAGAUUCACUUACAAAUGCACAUGCUAAUUCUAUUCUAAGAAGAAAAUAAUUUAUUGAAAAUCAUUAUGAAGAAAUUGCAAGAAAGAAAAGAGAAAAAGAGGAAAUGAAAAGACAAGAAGAAGAAAGAAGAUUAAAAGAAAUAGAAGAUUAAAGAUUAGCUGAAGAAGAAUUAGCUAGAUAAUUAGAAUAAUAGAACUUAGAACAAUAAGAAAAUUAAUAACAAGUGUAAUAAUGA